AUGACCACUGGGACGAAUAUAAAAGAUCGAUGUCGUCUUUGUUAUACACGUCUAAAAGAUUCAUCAACUUCUCAUCAUAAAUUAUGGUGUGCCCAACAUAACCAUCAAAUCUACAACAUAUAUAAACGUCGGCCGUAUCGCUACCGUGACCUUAUCGUGCGUUAUUUAUGUAUUCGCUUACCCGAGAAUGAAAUAACCAGUAAUGGAAAUGAUCCGACGGAUCGUUAUUCGCAUGUUGUUUGCGGUACGUGUGCUGCGUCUUUGAAUAAACUUGACGCAGCAUUUCGAACGUUUCAACAAACGCAGAAAGUUUUGCGAUCAAAAUUCCGUAAAACGUCACAUAUUGUUCAUUAUCAAUUGAAUAAACAACUAAAGAAUUAUUCGUCGGAAAAAUCAUCUUAUGAAAACCCACAAGGAAAACCUCCCGAAAGAAUCGAACAGAAUCAAGAUAAAGACAAUGUACCCAAGCGACAAUCGAAACGGAAAGGUGCGCCAAAACAUAUUGAUCAAACGAUGAAUAAUAGUUUAACGCUGAAGAAACCGACAGGUAGUAUGCAAUUGAUUGUGAAAAUCCAUUCGCCUGAUCGUCAAGGUGAUGACGAUGAAUCGGAAGAUAACGAAGGUGACGAUGACUUACAAGACACGAGUUCAAGUUCACCGACCAAACGAACGAGUCCACGACGAAAAUCGUUUCAAAUAUCUGAACCUGAUAAGACGAAUCCAAAGAAAAAGUUUAAACGCUUAACAAAAGAUCAAAAUGCAUCGAAUAACGAACGAUACAACUGUGUAAAUCUCUUGAAACCAAAUAUACUUACUGAUAUACCAUUGUCUUCGAAUCCAAAAACUCGACCCAAUUCUCUUUCUUCGAACAGUCGACCAAUCAACUCGGUGAAAGGCAAUCAUAUUGAACGUAUUGCUGUUUCUCUACGAUCUGGAACAGAAGCUCUUUCAGAUAUUGGUAAUAAUACAUUAAAUCUUCUAAAUGGCACAACCGAUCAUCACUCGAUAAAAACGCGUGGAGGAGGACGCCGAAAGCAAUCAUCGACAUUAGAAGUUUCCACGACAAAUAACAUUCUUUCAUCGACAGUGCCAUCACCUUCGUUCGAUGAUAGCAUGAAUGGCAAUGAUCGUGAUGACGACGAUGACGAUGAUGACGAGUAUUCCAUUGGCGGAGCGAGUAAUGCGAGUUCAAACACGAGUACAACUGUGGUCAAUCGACAAGUUAACGCAAAUAUUCCAAAUGUGAAUAAGAAUCUACCGACAUCAAUAUCGACAACACCCACGGCCGAAGGUUUAACAAUUACAGCAAUCAAUCAAACCGGGCAAAAACAAGUGUUCAUGGCCAAACAGCUGGGUAACUUAAAGAAAUACCAAUGCGGUCUGUGUGAGAAAAUUGUAACUAAUAUUCAAAUUCACGUGCGACGUCAUACAAAUGAUAAACCAUAUCCAUGCACUUAUUGUGAGAAACGGUUUACCAAUUCAGGUGAUCUUCAGAUUCAUGUGCGAAUACAUACAGGCGAAAAGCCAUACGCUUGUCCAUUGUGUUUGAAAAGUUACCGUACAAUUGGCAAUUUCAACAGUCAUGUGAAAACUCAUGAUUCGGGCAUCCGACCACAUCGAUGUGACUUAUGUAAUCAAACAUUUCCAAUACCUAAAGAUUGGUAUUCUCAUUUGCGUUCGAGUCAUCGUUCUCGAACGGCAAAUAUCAAUAAUAAUUCAAUCACAUCCUCGUCAUCUUCAUCAUUGAAUUCAACAAACACAACGACUACCGUGACUCAGCCGCUAUUUGCCAGCAAUAGCGUCACAAGUCAGCAACAAAAUAGCGAAAGAUUCACUCCGAAUAAAGUUAAACUAGAACCGAUCAAUCGUUCUCAAUUACAAAUCAAAUCUUCGAAUGACAAAGCUUCUCCUUCUGAAGACGACGAUCAAGAGCCUGUAGAUAUGUCCACAAGAGACGAUUCCAAUGGUGAAGAUGAUGAUGAAGUUGAUGAAGGUGAAGAAGAGAAUCAUCAACAAUCAACACAUAAUCUACUUGCAAAUGUCUCAUCUCCUGUUCAUGCUUAA